AGUGCCCAGUCGCUCCAAUUCCACAAGAGUGGCUGGCCUCAAUUGGUGCCAGAAUCCCACAGAAACUUAAAGAGAGCACUGACGCAAAGAUACAGCUAAAGAAGCUCUGCAUGGAGCUCCGCAACAACUUCCGCUGUGCUCUGGUCACAAACUACGCUGACACAACAUUAAAGAAUCCAGAUAAGAUGCCUUGCUCAGAAAAGCAGGGAGCUCCGCGCAUAAAAGUUUUUAAUGUUUCCCAUCAAUGGCAUAAGAGCUUUAUCAGAAACCGCCAGUGGAUGGAAAGUCAUUUGCACAUUGUGCAUCGGGUCAUCCAGGCUAUUUCGAAUUUGGGCCACAUGACAUUUUUCACGCUGGUCCUGGUCGAUCCUUCAAGAUACACGUCUUCCAGCCCCGUGAACUAUAAAAGGCUACGGAAUAAAAUAGCUGAGGAGUGUAGUACGACAGAGGAACGUCUCAUGAAAGAGUGGUUCCACAAAGUCAUCCAGCUACUAACUAAGUCAAAACAUUUGAACGGAAUUACAGAUACAUUGGACUCCUUCUAUAACUGUGCCUCCACCCUCAUCUCCAACCAGAUGAAAGCCAUGCUUCAGAGAAACAUAGAGGAGUUUGUCAAACUGUUAGAGCCUGGCAAUGAACAAUGCAUGCCCGACAUCAGUGUGGUCUUGACACUAGAUGAUGAAAAGAUCAAAAUGUACCCCUCCUCACAAGAUCUGGAAGAUCACGUUUUGGGGAUUCUUCAUUCCAUCACAAAUGCACUGCAGAGAGUCCCGAUGAUCCAGUCACAGCUGGGAGACUGGAUGAAAUAUAUUGAUGCUGAAGUGCCUCCUCUCAUCGUAGCCUGGGCUCAAAAUGCAUUGAAGGCAUCGAUGCGCAGGAAUAUGGAGGAUCCUGAGAAACAUCUCCAACAUUAUGUUGAAAAGUACAACUGGCUAGUCAAUGGAACUGCACAGGCUCAGGUGGAGAAGUUCAUGGAGGAAGAGCACUCUUUUGAUGAGUACACCAAGCGGGUAGAGGACUUUCAUGCUCUGCGGUAUGACAUUAUGAAGUUGCCGCCACAAGUAAAUGUCCCAAUGGUCCAUUUGAACUGUGAAGAGCUAAGGAAUGGGCUCGCCAGACGAGCAAAAAGCUAUUCUGAGACACUUCUAAAGAAAAUGCUCACCAACUACCGCGAGCAGAUUCUACAGAUCUGUUCUGAAUUUGAAAUAAUCAAAGAGAAAGCUCUGAUUGUUCCAAAGACUACAGAGGACAUAGCCCAGAUGAUUGAGUACAUCAAUUUCAUUCAAACAAAGGGUUCUGCUAAAAUGGAAGAAAAAGUUGCGGAGGCCCGCUGUCAUAUGAUGACCCUCUUUGAUUUCUCCCUCUAUGAGGAGGAGGAUCUGGUUCAAAAUAGCAUUCUCAUAAACUGGCCAGAAGAAAUCCAGACUGUCUUAGAACUCAAUGAUGAGAUCCUUUCAACGGCCAAGCAGAAAGGAGCGGAAGAGCUGUUCGCCAAAAGACAGGCAAUAUCGGCAGAGCUGCGGAAGUUGAAAGUUAGAGUAGAGGACUUCCAAGAUUACUUUGAGCUGGACAGGGCGCAUGAGCAUAUGACCGAUGUGCAAAGAGUUCUCAAACUUGUCCAGAAGACUGAGCAGACAAUCGUCUCCCUUAACAAAGAGGAGGUCGUCUAUGAAUGGGACCUCAUGCAUUUCCCAGAGGUUGAUGUCAUGAAAGAGACCAUUGCAAUGUACCACACGCUGUUUGGACUUUCACUGAAGUGGCAGAGCGCAGAGAAAAGGUGGAUGGAUGGAACCUUCACAGAGUUAGAUGGGCAGAGCAUUGGGGCACAGCUUGAUGAGUUCAACAGGGAGAUCUACAAGAUGCUGAAGAAGUUCCAAAAGAAACAGAGAGAGCUCAGACCAGAGGCUGAAAAGAAAGGUGGAAAGGUUGAUCGAAAACCGACUGAUCCAAGGAAGCAGGAGGAGUCUCCCACAGAACUUUUCUGCUCCAGUGCAUUAGAGCAGAUCCAACAGUUCAAGGAGCAUAUCCCCUUGGUGUCCGUCAUGUGCAAUCCAGGCAUCAGAGCCCGCCACUGGAAGGAGAUGUCAAAUAUCGUGGGGAGCGACCUCACUCCUGACUCUCGUACAACCCUUCGCAAUGUCCUCAAACAGAACCUUGGUCCUUACUUGGAGAAGUUUGAGACUAUCAGUGCUGCUGCUACCAAAGAGUUUACCUUGGAGAAGGCAAUGGAAUCCAUGGCAUGUGUUUGGGAUGACGUUUUUUUCAACCACCAACCGUACAGGGAUUCUGGAAUAUCUAUCCUGGCUUCCUUGGACGAGAUUCAGACUACUCUUGAUGACCAGAUUGUCAAGACUCAGACUAUGAAGGGCUCGCCUUUCAUCAAGCCCAUAGAGAAGGAGAUCAAGGAAUGGGAGGCGUCCCUGCUUCACAUUCAGGAGACAAUAGACGAGUGGCUGAAGGUACAGAGCCAGUGGCUUUACCUGGAGCCCAUCUUCUCCUCUCAGGACAUCAUGCUGCAGAUUCCAAAGGAGGGAAAACUUUUCCAAACUGUGGACAAAAACUGGAAAGAAAUCAUGAGGCACUGCGUUAAGAAUCCUAAGAUUCUACUAGCAACUUCAAUGCCUGGUUUGUUAGAAAAACUGCAAGAGUCCAACAACCUCCUGGAAAUCAUCUUGAAAGGACUGAAUGCCUACCUGGAGAAGAAACGUCUCUUUUUCCCACGGUUCUUCUUUCUGUCCAACGAUGAAAUGCUGGAGAUCUUGUCUGAGACCAAGGACCCACUGCGAGUCCAGCCCCAUCUCAAGAAGUGCUUUGAGGGCAUUUCCAAACUGGACUUUCUUCCCAAUCUGGAUAUCCAGGCAAUGUACAGCAGUGAGGGGGAGCGUGUGCAGCUAAUCCAGAAUAUUUCCACGUCGCAAGCCAAAGGAGCUGUGGAGAAGUGGUUGGUGCAGGUGGAGGAUAUGAUGAUUAAAAGUGUCAGGGACCAAGUGGCCCAGUCCAGACUGGCCUAUGCUGCGACUGAUCGGAACCAGUGGGUGAAGGAGUGGCCUGGGCAGGUGGUGCUCUGCACCUCUCAGAUUUUCUGGACCUCAGAGGUGCAUGAGGCCAUCAGGCAAAAUGCUUUGAAGGAUUACUACAAGCAACUCCAGAAUCAGCUGAAGGAUGUCGUACAGCUGGUGCGAGGGAAACUGCCCAAACAAACGAGGACCACGUUGGGAGCGCUGGUCACGAUUGAUGUCCACGCCCGGGAUGUGGUCAUGGAGCUUAUCGAGAAAGGCGUAACGAGUGAAACGGACUUCCAGUGGCUUGCCCAGCUGCGUUACUACUGGAAUGAAGAUAACGUUCGUGUUCGCAUCAUCAACUGUGAUGUGAAAUAUGCCUAUGAGUAUUUGGGGAACUCACCACGUCUCGUCAUCACCCCACUGACAGACAGAUGCUACCGAACUCUGAUUGGAGCUUUCUUCCUGAAUUUGGGUGGUGCACCCGAAGGUCCAGCAGGAACAGGAAAGACAGAGACCACUAAAGAUCUCGCCAAAGCUCUCGCUGUGCAGUGUGUGGUCUUCAACUGUUCGGACGGACUGGAUUACAUAGCUAUGGGAAAAUUUUUCAAGGGUCUUGCUUCAUCUGGUGCAUGGGCCUGCUUUGAUGAAUUCAACCGUAUCGAGCUGGAGGUGCUGUCUGUAGUGGCCCAGCAGGUUCUCUCCAUCCAGAGGGCUGUUGGGCAGAAGUUAGAGGAGUUUGACUUUGAGGGUACCAUGCUCAAACUCAACCCCAACUGCUUUGUGUCCAUCACGAUGAACCCUGGCUAUGCAGGACGUUCAGAACUCCCAGACAAUCUCAAGGUGUUGUUCCGAACGGUCGCCAUGAUGGUCCCCAACUACGCCCUGAUUGCAGAGAUCUCCCUGUACUCAUAUGGCUUCCUCAAUGCCAAACCACUGUCGGUGAAGAUAGUGAUGACCUACAGGCUCUGUUCGGAGCAGCUCUCGUCCCAGUUUCAUUAUGAUUAUGGUAUGAGAGCUGUCAAAGCUGUACUUGUGGCUGCAGGAAACCUCAAGCUGACCUUUCCGGAUGAGAAUGAGGACAUACUGCUCCUGAGGUCCAUCAAGGAUGUUAAUGAGCCCAAGUUUCUCGCCCAUGAUAUUCCGCUCUUCAACGGCAUCCUCAGUGACUUGUUCCCAGGCAUCUCCCUUCCAGAGGCUGACUAUAAGCUGUUCCUUGAGGCUGCUGGUGAUUGUUGUAAGAAUCACAAUGUCCAGCCAACAGACUUCUUCUUGACGAAGAUGAUUCAGACCUAUGAGAUGAUGAUCGUCAGGCACGGAUUCAUGCUGGUGGGAGAGCCCUUUUCCGGAAAGACCAAAGUGCUGCAUGUGCUCGCUGAAACUCUGACUCUUAUGAAGGAGAGAGGGUGCGAGCAGGAGAAAGUCAUCUUCAGGACAGUGAACCCGAAGGCCAUCACCAUGGGGCAGCUCUUUGGACAGUUUGACCCAAUUUCCCAUGAGUGGACCGAUGGGAUUGUGGCCAACACGUUCCGUGAGUUCUCAUCAGCCGAUACACCACACCGUAAGUGGGUGGUGUUUGACGGUCCCAUAGACACACUGUGGAUUGAGAGCAUGAACACCGUGCUGGAUGACAACAAGAAGUUGUGCCUGAUGAGUGGCGAGAUCAUCCAGAUGUCCAAUCAGAUGAAUCUAAUAUUUGAGGCCAUGGAUCUAUCACAGGCCUCACCUGCCACGGUCAGUCGCUGUGGUAUGAUCUACAUGGAGCCAUCUCAGUUGGGCUGGGAGCCCUUAGUCAUCUCCUGGAUGAAUACACUUCCUGAAGUUCUGCAGAGCCCGGACAACAGCUCGCUGCUGCUGGAGCUUUUCCAUUGGCUCCUGCCACCUGCCCACAGGACGCUGCGUAAACUCUGCAGGGAGGUUGUUCCCACCGGCGACAGCAACACUGUGAUGUCCUUGUGUCGACUGGUUGAGAUGCUGCUCUCUGAGCCUGUCAAGAUGGAAUGUGUGGAUGUACACAUUCGCACAUGGAUCAUGGCUGCAUUUGCCUUCUCCAUGACGUGGUCAGUGGGCGGCAGCUGUGAUGCAGACAGCCAAGCAGUUUUCAGUGAGUUCUUAAAGACGACCAUCUCAGGAAAAUCUGAGGAAUUCCCUCUCCCAGCCUCUGUGGGGAAAUGGGAGUGUCCCAUGGAUUCGGAGGGCCUGGUGUAUGACUACUUCUAUGAGUUCAAACGAAAAGGCAGGUGGGUUCAUUGGAAUGACACCAUCAAGGACAUCAAGCUGGGGGACAAAGACACCAAAGUGCAAAACAUCAUCGUUCCCACCAUUGACACGGUUCGCUACACAUACCUUCUGGACCAAUGCAUCACCCACGGAGUACCUUCCCUGUUUGUUGGUCCGACUGGCACCGGGAAGUCAGUGUAUGUGAAGGAGAAAUUGAUGAACAACCUGGACAAAGAUCUCUUUGUACCCUUCUUAAUCAAUUUUUCAGCCCGUACAAACGCAAACCAAAUCCAGAAUAUCAUCAUGUCCGGGUUGGACAAGAGGAGGAAGGGAGUGUUUGGGCCCCCCAUGGGAAAGAAGUGUGUCAUCUUUGUGGAUGACAUGAGCAUGCCUGCUCUAGAGCAGUUCGGAGCGCAGCCUCCUGUGGAGCUUCUUCGACAGUACAUGGAUCACAGAAACUGGUACGAUCUGAAGGAUACCUCCAGCCUCUCGCUUGUCGACCUCCAGCUCAUCUCCGCUAUGGGCCCCCCUGGUGGCGGGAGGAACAUGGUGACGCCUCGCUUCCUGCGACACUUCAACAUUUUUGGCAUCAACGCCUUCAGCGAUAACACAAUGGUUCGCAUCUUCUCCAACGUGAUGUCCUUCCAUCUCGAAAACAAUGAAUUCCCCUCUGAGUGUUUCAAUAUUGGCAGCCAAAUAGUGACGGCCACCAUGGAGGUGUAUAAGAAAGCCAUGGAGAACCUGCUUCCAACUCCAGCCAAGUCUCACUACACGUUCAACCUGCGGGACUUCUCUCGCGUCAUCCAAGGCUGCCUACUGCUGAAGAAGGAGUCUCUGAAGAACACGGAAACUAUGAUAAGCUUGUUUGUCCACGAGGUCUUUCGUGUCUACUACGACCGUCUGGUGGAAGACAAAGAUCGAGCUUGGCUCUACCAGCUGAUGAACAACAUCAUCAAAGAUCACUUCAAUGAGUCAUUUGUUCAGGUGUUUGAUCACCUGAAGCAAGGGAGUGAACUGGUUGAGGAGGACAUGAGCAAUCUUCUAUUUGGCGACUACAUGCAGCCUGACCUGGAGGAUGAUGAGCGCCUGUACGCUGAGGUGCCCUCAAUGGAGAGCUUUUCUCAGGUGGUGGAGUUGUGUCUCGCCGAGUACAACCAGAUGCACAAGAACCACAUGAACCUCGUCAUCUUCCGCUACCUCCUGGAGCAUCUAUCCUGCAUCAGCCGUGUGUUGAAGCAGCCAGGAGGCAAUGCCCUGCUCGUGGGAGUGGGAGGCAGUGGGCGUCAGUCCAUCACACGCCUGGCUGCAUCCAUGGCCCACAUGACCCUGUUCCAGCCUGAGAUCACAAAGAACUACAGCAUGAUUGAGUGGAGGGAUGAUGUCAAGAUGCUGCUGAAAAAUGCCGGGCUGAAGGGACAGAAGACGGUGUUCUUGCUAACUGACGCUCAGAUCAAAGAUGAGGCUUUUCUGGAGGACUUGGACAGUGUCCUGAACACAGGAGAGGUGCCCAAUCUGUUUGCCAUAGACGAGAAGCAAGAGAUUAUCGAGACGCUGCGUCCCCUUGCCGAGGCUGGAAAUAAAAAGGUGGAGUUAAGCCCUUUGGCGGUAUUUGCAUUCUUCGUGGCACGCUGUAAAGAGAACCUGCACAUUGUUGUGGCCUUCAGUCCCAUUGGAGAUGCCUUUCGAACUCGCCUGCGCCAGUUUCCAUCUCUCAUCAACUGCUGCACCAUUGACUGGUUCCAGCCAUGGCCCGAGGAGGCUCUGGAGCGUGUGGCCAACUCCUUCCUGGAGUCACUGGGGAUGAGUGAGAACGAGAGGCAGGAUGUCAUUCCCAUCUGCAAAUCAUUCCACACCUCUGCCAUACAGCUCUCAAACAGGUUCCUCUCUGAGCUUGGCCGUCAUAAUUAUGUGACACCCACUUCCUACCUGGAGCUGCUUGCAGCUUUCAGUCAGCUACUCACUACGAAACGAGAGACUGUCAUGAAUGCAAAACAGAGAUAUAUGAACGGUCUGGAUAAACUGGCCUUCGCUGAGUCUCAGGUGGGUGAGAUGAAGAAGGAGCUGGUGGACCUACAGCCUAAGCUGGAGGAGGCAAAGAUAGACAACGCCAAAAUGAUGAAGGUGAUUGAGAAGGAGUCUGUGGAGGUGGAGGCCAAAAGUAAAGUUGUGCGUGUUGAUGAGGAAGCGGCAACUAUAAAAGCCAACGCAGCUCAGGCUCUGAAGGAUGAGUGUGAGAGCGACUUGGCUGAGGCUAUCCCCGCCCUGAAAGCUGCGGUCACGGCUUUGAACACUUUGAAACCCUCCGAUGUCACAAUUGUGAAAUCGAUGAAAAAUCCACCUCCAGGGGUGAAACUGGUGAUGGCAGCAGUUUGUGUGAUGAUGGGAAUAAAGCCAGAAAGGAUACCGGAUCCAUCUGGGAGUGGAAAAAUGGUUACAGAGUACUGGGGUCCAAGCAAGAAGCUUCUGGGGGACAUUAACUUCUUACGAGAUCUUAAGGAGUAUGACAAAGACAACAUUCAUGCCCCUGUGAUGCAACAGAUCCGUAAUGAGUACAUGACUCAGGCUGGCUUUGACCCAGCUAAAGUGGCAAAGGCGUCUUCUGCAGCAGAGGGUUUGUGCAAGUGGAUACAAGCAAUGGAGGUGUACGACAGGGUGGCGAAGGUUGUGGCUCCAAAGAAGGCCAAACUGGCAGAGGCAGAGGAGUCGCUGUCUGCCACCAUGACCCUGCUGGAGGAGAAGAGAGGCCAGCUAAAGGAGGUCGAGGACCGUUUGGCUGAUCUUAAGAAAACCUUUGAGGAUAAAACCGAGGAGAAGGCUCAGCUGGAGUACCAAGUGGAUUUGUGUGCCAAGAAGUUGGAGAGGGCUGAGAAACUCAUCGGUGGUCUGGGUGGAGAGAAGACCAGGUGGUCUGAGGCAGCAGACAGCCUGCAGAGCACAUACGACAACCUGACUGGGGAUGUCCUCGUCUCGGCUGGUGUCAUCGCCUACCUCGGAGCUUUUUCGGCUGGCUUCAGGCAGGACUGCUCCAAGAAGUGGACUGAGCUCUGCCAGUCCAAAAACAUUCCGUCAUCAGAUGACUUCUCUCUCAGUAAAACCCUGGGAGAUCCCAUCAAGAUCAGGGCUUGGAACAUUGCAGGUCUCCCCAGUGACUCCUUCUCUAUCGACAAUGGUGUCAUUGUCAGGAAUUCACGCCGAUGGCCCUUGAUGAUUGACCCUCAGGGCCAGGCCAACAGGUGGGUGAAGAAUUUAGAGAAGGACAACAACCUGAGUGUAAUCAAGCUGUCGGAUGAGGAUUACAUGAGGACUCUGGAGAACUGCAUUCAGUUUGGAACUCCUGUGCUGCUGGAAAAUGUUGGAGAGGAGCUGGACCCGUCACUGGAGCCACUGCUGCUCAAACAGACCUUUAAGCAAGGUGGUGUGGAUUGCAUCAAGCUGGGGGAAAGUGUGAUCGAGUACUCCGCCAACUUCAGUUUCUACAUCACCACGAAGCUGAGGAACCCUCACUACCUACCAGAGCUGUCCACCAAGGUUUCCCUGCUGAAUUUCAUGAUCACCCCAGAGGGCUUGGAGGACCAGCUGCUGGGCAUCGUGGUUGCCAAGGAGAGGCCAGAGCUGGAGAAGGAGAGGAACGCACUGAUCCUGCAGUCGGCUGACAACAAGAGGCAGCUGAAGGAGAUUGAGGAUCAGAUCCUCGAGACGCUGCAGUCUUCUGAGGGAAAUAUCCUGGAGGAUGAGAGUGCCAUUCAGAUUCUAGACUCGGCUAAGGUCAUGUCUGAAGUCAUCACCAAUAAACAGAAGAUUGCAGAGAAGACAGAAAUUCAGAUUGCAGAGUCCAGGGAGGGUUACCGACGCAUUGCCAAGCAUUCCUCUGUGCUGUUCUUCAGCAUGGCCGAUCUGACCAACAUCGACCCCAUGUACCAGUACUCUCUGAACUGGUUUGUCAACCUCUACGGCAACUCCAUCAAAGACAGUACAAAGACCAAAGACCUGCAGAAGAGGCUGAAAAUCCUGACCACUCACUUCACCUACAACCUGUACUGCAACGUCUGUCGCUCCCUGUUUGAGAAGGACAAGCUCCUCUUCUCCUUCCUCCUCUGCUCCAAUAUACAACUGGAAAAGGGGGAGAUUGAGUACUCGGAAUUCAUGUUCUUGCUGACUGGAGGAGUGGGGCUGCAGUCAAGCAUUGCCAACCCAGACCCCAGCUGGCUACAGGACAAAAGCUGGGAGGAGAUAUGUCGAGCCAGUGAACUGCCAGGAUUAAAGGGAUUGAGGGAGGCCUUCAUCGAGAGGUCAGGGGACUUCAAGCCUGUGUAUGACAGCAAAGAGCCUUACAACACUCCCCUGCCUGCACCAUGGUGUGAUCAACUCAACGACCUGCAGAAAAUGAUCAUUGUUCGAUGUCUCCGUCCUGAUAAAAUGGUGCCAGCUGUAACCAAAUAUGUAGCUGGCGAACUGGGGAAGAAAUAUGUGCAACCACCUCCCUUCGACCUGAGCAAGAGUUACAAGGACUCCAACUCCACCAUCCCGCUCGUAUUUGUGUUGUCUCCAGGAGCGGAUCCCAUGGCCAGCUUAAUUAAGUUUGCCACUCAAAAGGACAUGGUCGGUAACAAGUUCCAGUGCAUCUCUCUUGGUCAGGGCCAGGGCCCCAUCGCGGCUGAGAUGAUCUCCACAGCCAUGGAGCAGGGGGCGUGGGUGUGUUUACAGAAUUGCCAUCUGGCUGUUUCCUGGAUGUCCACCCUGGAGAAAAUCUGCGAGGACUUCAGUUCGUCAACUUGCCAUCGUGACUUCCGCCUGUGGCUCACCAGCUACCCUUCACCCAAGUUUCCAGUGACCAUCCUGCAGAAUGGAGUGAAAAUGACGAACGAGCCUCCUACAGGACUGAAGCUCAACCUGCUUCAGUCGUACUUGACGGAUCCUCUUUCUGACCCCGAGUUCUUCUGUUCUUCAACGAAGCAGGGGACCUGGGGGAAGCUCCUGUACGGACUGUGCUUCUUCCAUGCACUUGUUCAAGAGCGGAAGAAGUUUGGUCCACUGGGCUGGAACAUUCCCUACGGCUUCAACGAGUCAGACCUCCAUAUCAGCAUCAGGCAGCUACAGCUGUUUGUGAAUGAAUACAAAGAGGUGCCCUUCGAGGCCAUCAAGUAUUUGACCGGGGAGUGUAACUACGGUGGCCGUGUGACAGACGACUGGGAUAGGCGUCUCCUGGUGACCAUGUUGGCAGACUUCUACAACAAUGAUGUCAUUACGGACCCUAACUACUCUUUCUCACCUAGUAGAAAUUAUUUUGCCCCACCAGCAUCUGACUAUAAUGGCUACGUCAAAUACAUCCAGGAGCUUCCAACCGGCCAGCAGCCAGAAGUGUUUGGAAUGCAUGACAACGUAGACAUUUCCAAAGAUCUCCAGCAGACAAAGUUGCUGUUCGAUUCCCUGCUGCUCACCCAGGGUGGUGGCACCAAAGGAGGAGCUAGCUCUGGGAACGAAAACGCACUCUACGAGAUCGCAGAGGAUAUCCUUACCAAGCUGCCGAGUAAUUUUGACACAGAGGCGGCCCUGUCGAAGUUCCCGGUGCUCUACGAGGAGAGCAUGAACACUGUCCUCGUCCAGGAGAUGGAGCGCUACAACACGCUGUGCAGUGUGAUCCGUCAGAGUCUGCGGAACCUGCUGAAGGCCCUCAAGGGUCUGGUGGUGAUGGACGCAGAGCUGGAGGCCAUUGCCAGCAGUCUGGCUGUGGGCAAGCUCCCAGAGCAGUGGGCCAAGCGCUCGUACCCGAGCCUCAAACCCUUGGGCAGCUACAUCACUGACUUUCUCUCAAGGCUGAAGUUUUUGCAGGAUUGGUACGACAACGGCAAACCCAACGUGUUCUGGCUUUCCGGAUUCUUCUUCACGCAGGCCUUCCUUACCGGGGCUAUGCAGAACUAUGCCAGGAAAUACCAAGUCCCCAUUGACCUGCUCAGUUUCGAUUUUGAGGUUCUUCCCAUCUGUGAGUCCGACACGUCACCUGAGGACGGAGUUUACAUCAAUGGAUUGUUUCUGGAUGGAGCGCGAUGGGACAAAGACAGUGGAGUUCUGGAUGAGCAGCUUCCCAAAGUCCUGUUCGACACGAUGCCCAUCAUCUGGAUCAAGCUCACUAAAAACAAAACCGAUGACCCUCAGAAACUCUACGUCUGCCCUCUCUACAAGACCAGUGAGAGGAGGGGAACCCUCUCCACCACAGGCCACUCCACCAACUUCGUCAUUUCCAUGACGCUGCCCACCAGCACACCCCCUCAGCACUGGAUCAAGCGCGGUGUGGCCAUGCUCUGCCAGCUGGACAACUGAGCUGCUGUCACCACCACCACCAUUAAUAUCAUCACUUCAUUCUCUCGGAGUCAAGGAUUCAUUUUGAUUUCAGUAGCAAAAUGGCCUCAAAAAUGAUGUUUAUGGCCUUUUUGUCAUUUCUUUUCUCUUUUAGAAGUUUUGA